UGGGGGAGGACAGGGAGGGAGCCCAGCCUCUCUCUCCACCGACCGGAAGUGGCCGUUGUAAACUUCAUCUCCCUUAGGGCCAGCCCCUUAGCCUGACCCCUUUCUUUUUCUGAUCCCGCGGUCCUAGAAGCCGCCGAGUUCCGUCAGUCCCCAGCCCCCACCCCCUACGCUGCACCCCUCCCCCCCUCCCCGCCCUCAUCCCAGCAAAGUGUUUGUACUACGCCCUCCACCCAUCUCUCUAUGCCGGGGGCCAGCUGGGCUAGGUGGUUCGGUGUAGUUUGGAGGUUAGGCCCUUCGGGACUGCAGCCUGAGGACAUCUGUGGGGGCGGCUGACACCUGCUGAGACUUCUUUGUAUCUACUUGAGCUCUAAAGCUGAAGACAUCUUUGAAGGUUUUCAUUUUUAAUAAGUAAAAAGUAAAAGAGAAUUUUGGUUAUUAACAGUCAGAUGACAUCAUCAUGAGCAUCAAUUCGAGUAAUAUUAAUGCUGAAAUCCAAAGGUUAAAGAAUACUGCUAUUGACUUAAAAGAAAUGCAUAGAAGCAGUGAGUCAGAUUUGGAUUUCAUUACAGAUCUGAGAAAGAAACUUCAUCGAGCAAAAAAAGAAAAAUUAGAAAUAACAACUAGCCACAAUGCCCAGCUGUUAACCUAUGACAGCCAGCUUACCAAGCUUCGAUCUGAAGUUGAGAAAGGGGAGGCACUUCGACAGAGUCUCGAAUAUGAACUUGCUCUUGCUAGAAAGGAAGUUGGCCUUGGAAGAUUUGCUACUGAAGAAAAAUUAGGUGAGGCACAUAAGAAGAAUGAACAACUACGAGUACAGAAUUCAGAACUUCAAGGAAAGAUAAAUGAGAUCGAGAAAGCAUUUCAGACAUCUCAGUACAACUGGAAAGAAGAAUGCAGAAGAUUUGAAUUGGAUUUGGAGGAGAGAGACAACAUAAUUCAAAAUUGUAAUCAAGAAUAUGAUGUUCUUUUGAAGGAAAAAAAUAGACUAGAGAAUAUUCUGAAGGAGACAUUGGAUCAGCAUCAGGAGCAGAAGAAUGAGCUGGAAUCUCAUAUCAGGGAAACAGCACUUGAGGAAUUUAGAUUACAAGCUGAACAAUGGGAAGCAGAAAGAAGAGAGUUACAAUUUUUAGUACAGGAACAAGAUAAUGCUAUACAAAAUAUGCAUAAGAAAAUGGAAAAACUAGAAUCAGAGCACCUUGAUUGCUCUAACCUUCUACGGCGACAAGCAAGUGAACUCGAAUCAAGCUCUUCCCGAGAGGAAUUACUUAGAAAAGAAUAUGAGGCAGCUACUAUGAAAGUGAAGAAAUUAGAGGAAAAUAUUGAAGCAGAAAGAGCAGCACACCUGGAAUCCAAAUUUAAUUCUGAAAUUAUCCAGUUAAGAAUUCGAGACCUCGAAGGAGCCUUGCAAGUAGAAAAGGUGAGCCAAGCAGAAGCUGUGGCUGAUUUGGAAAUGAUCAGGAAUGAGUUCAAAGAAGUUGAAAGUGCAUAUGAGCGAGAAAAGCAUAAUUCACAAGAGACCUUUGCAAAACUAAAAAUAUUAGAAAGAGAGUGUUUCUCUAAAAACAAGAAACUAAAUGAAGAGAUCGAGGAACAGAAGAAAGUAAUUAUGGACCUCUCAAAGAGACUUCAGAGUAAUGAAAAAAGUUUAGGUGAAUUACAGGAAGAACUAGCAGUGGCUAAGAGGCACCAGGCCUGUCUAACAGAGAUGAAUGAAAAGAAUGUGAAAGAGUUGGAGUUGCUCUUAGACAGCUUUGCUGGGUCUGGCCAGCGGACAUCAGGCGUCCACAAGGACAAAGAUAAAGCUCCCAGCUUCUCUGUUGUCCUUGAGACUUUGAGGCGUACCUUGACAGAUUACCAGAACAAGCUGGAAGAUGCAUCUAAUGAGCUAAACUGCCUGCAAAUGACUUCUGAAAGAACAUUUAGGGAACUUGAUGAUACCAAACAGGAGAUGGAAUGUCAAAACAAAAGUCUAAAGGAAGCACAGGAUAAACUGGUUAAUGUCAAUCAAGAGUUAAAUCACCUGCGAACUAAGUAUGCAGACAGAGAAUCUAUAAUAGGCACUUUAAAAGUAGAACUCCAAAAUGUUUUACACUGUUGGGAGAAAGAGAAAAUGCGAGUAGCACAAUCUGAAAAUGAAAUCCAGAAGCUUUCCCAGACUUUCCAUAAGGAUAUUGAGGAGAAGCUAACCUUCCUUCAUACUUUAUAUCAGCACUUGGUAGCAGGCUGUGUGCUUAUAAAACAACCAGAAGGCAUGCUGGAUAAAUUCUCUUGGUCUGAGCUUUGUGCAGUCUUGCAGGAGAAUGUUGAUGCCCUGAUCUUAGACCUCAACAGGGCUAAUGAGAAGAUAACUCAUCUAGAAUAUAUUUGUAAAAACAAGUCUGAUACUCUGAGGGAGCUUCAGCAGACCCAGGAAGACACUUUUAAUAAAGUGGCAGAACAGAUUAAAGCACAGGAGAGCUCGUGGCAGAAACAAAAGAAGGAUUUGGAACAGCAUUAUACUGAACUCCUCCGGGAGGUUCAGACAAAGGCACAGAAAUAUCAAGAAAUUGCUGAAAAAAAUGUGGAAAAGUCAGCCUUUAUGGAAAAAUCCAAUGAACAGUUGAUUCUUGAAAAUUCACAGUGUAAAAAUAUGUUAGCUGAGACUCAAAAGGAACAUACAUCCCUACUGGCAGCAUGUGCAUUAAUGUCUGGUGCUUUAUAUCCUUUAUAUAGUCGGUCAUGUGCCUUGUCAACACAAAGAGACUUUCUCCAGGAUCAGGUUAACACGUACGACGUGCUCAAACAGGAAAUUAGAACUCUGGUUCAGGCUUUGUCUGAUGUAGAAGAAAAGAAGCAAAAUGAAGCCAAGUUGAAGAAAAAACAUUUCAAAGGAUUAAUACGUGUAUUCCGGAAAGGUGUUAUUGUUGUUUUGGCAGCAAAAAGACUUCAGAUUCUUGGCCAAAAGUGUGGCUCUCUUUUUACAUGGAUGGAGAGCUUCAAAGAAGGCAUAGGAAUCUUAGUAUGUACAGGAGAACCCAAAGAGAACUAUAAUUUGCCAAGACAUCGAACAGAGCAGAUGCGUUGUCUUCAAGCGGUUAGUUGGCUUACUAGUUCUGAACUUCUUGCUGCAGUAAUCAGUUCUAUGGCUGAGUUACAGGAAGUGGUUUGUAAAACAGAUCCAAAUUCUAUGCUUUGUGGACAUUUACUUAUAAGUGCAGCAAAGAAUUCGUUUGCAAAACUCAUGGAUAAAAUUAGCUUGGCAAUGGAGAAUGUAACACUGGGCAGUAGUAGAAGUUUUACAUAUAUGGAAAAGGAUUCCCUGGUUCAGAGGUUGGCCCGAGGACUUCAUAAAGUUAACACAGAAGCCUUGAAGUAUGGUCUAAGUGGCCCUGUGCCCAUUAUGAAAAGUAUAGAAUGUUUGCAAAAGCAAAUAUAUGAAUUUACCCAAAGAUUGCAUGCAGCAGAAGUAGAACGGCGUUCACUCCGCUUAGAGGUCACAGAAUUUAAAAAGAAUGUACAUGAUAUGAAAAAAGAGAUCGACAAAGCCCAGGUCCUCCAAAUGCAAUUAAAAGAAUUUAAGCAGUCUAAACUGAUCACCCAUGAGAGAUUUGAAAGUGCCUGUGAAGAACUGAAUAAUGCAUUACUUCGGGAACAGCAGGCCCAAAUGCUUCUGAAUGAACAGGCACAACAGCUUCAGGAGUUAAAUUAUAGACUAGAACUGCACUCAAGUGAGGAAGCGGACAAAAACCAAACCCUUGGUGAAGCUGUUAAGAGUCUCUCUGAGGCAAAGAUGGAGCUGAGAAGAAAAGAUCAAUCUUUGCGUCAGCUCAAUAGACAUCUUACCCAGCUGGAGCAGGACAAGCGGCGACUAGAGGAGAGCAUCCAUGAUGCAGAGAGUGCCCUCCGCAUGGCAGCAAAAGACAAAGAAUGUGUUGCUAAUCAUAUGAGAUCAGUGGAAAGUGCUCUGCAUAAGGUCAGAGAUCAGAUCUCGCUGUCACGGACUGCGGCAAGCAGGAAUGACUUCACCCUGCAGCUACCCAAACUGCACCUGGAGACCCUUGCAUUGGAGGGGCUGAAGGGCGGGCCAGAGGUUGUAGCAUGCCAGGCUAUGAUUAAAAGUUUCAUGGAUGUCUACCAACUUGCAAGCUCUAGAAUUGCUACAUUAGAGAAGGAAAUGACAUCUCAUCGAAACCACAUUUCAGCUCUGAAAUCAGAGCUCCAAACAGCUUGUCUACGUGAAAAUGAAAGUUUACACUCAGUGGUAAAAGCACACAACUUGUGGGCUGGUAGAAGAGCUUCCUUCAGCAGCACCAUUUCAGAAACAGCCUGAGAUGAAGGAUCCUGCUGGGAACAGGCAAAGCUGCAGACUGGGAUGGAGGAGUCCUUCAUUAGCAGAAGGGUAACAACAACCCAGGCUGACACAGCUCCUCUCCUCAAACCCUUGCGUGUGCUGGAGAUAUGCGGACCGUUUACUCACCGUCAGAGACCACACACUGUACGAGGAAAGCUGAUAGUGAAGAGACUUGUACCCCGUUUUUUGUACUUGGACAAAUGCUUACAUUCCCUUAAACAUCUGCCUCUUCUUUGGUAUUUUGCUUUUCCCCUCUUACUUAAAGUAAUGCAAAUUUGCACAAGAAAUCUGCCCCAAAGUGAGAAUUUUGAUAAUGAAAAAAUGUGAAAAGGAAGCACUUCAGACUCUUGGUUUUCCCUCCCAAGAGGUCCAGCCCUGUUGGGAGUGCUGGUGGAAAACUCGGCCGGCGGCCAGUUUUGAAAUGAUGGGAAAGCUUCAGAAAUCUUUUCAUAGGACCAUAGAUUUAGGGAUAGAAGGGACUUUAGAGGUCAUUUAGUCUAACAACUGUUUUUUGUACAGAUGAGGAUACAGAGGUGCAAAGAGGUUAAGAAGCUUGCUCAAGGUUGCAUGGGUUGUAAGUGCCAGAGUCAGGGUUUUGAAACCAGGUCCUUUGAGUACAAAUUGAGCCCUUUUUCCAUCUUACCCUACCUCCUGCCCAGUCCCCAUAUGAGCCUGUGUGGUCAAAAAUACUUUCCAAAACAUUUAUUAAAGGUCUAAAAUUUAUUAAAAAUCAUUUAUUAUCUGUUUAUUUAGGAUUGAUUUAAGCCCUAUUACUGGUUAAUAUAGUUGAGCUUACCUAACCCCAUCUGUUUAGUAGUUAUACAGAUGGACAUACCCCACAGACUGGUGUUAUGCAUGAAACAUAAAUUUAUCAGUAUCUUGAAACUUUAACAAACUUUUGAGAUGUACUUGUAGGUUUCUUUCCAAUUGGAGUAACAGUCUCCUAAAAGUUACAAAAUAUAGCCUCAUGAGUCACAUUACUUCAAGAUGAAGAAGGGAGGGAGAGAAGAGAAAGAGGCAGAGACAGAGGAGAGGGAAGGGAGAGGGAGGGAGAAAUGAGAGGAGAAGAAGUCAUAAAAAGGAGUUGUUUCAUCUUUUAUGUUUGUGUCCUCAGUGCCAGGUAUUACAUGGCACAUAGCAAGGGCUUACUAAAUGCUGAUUGAUCCAUUACAGCUUAUCUAACAAUGGACCUGAAGAAACUCCAGGUUAAAGGCUAAAGUGUAUUUAGCCUUUGGGAAGCCUCUGGCCCGGAAAAGAUUUGCUACUAGGCAGGAAACAGACUUACACUCUCAUGCCUGGAUUGUAAUCAGGUCAAUCUCUGAGUUGAGAUCAGGGGGAGAUAAAAUACAAGGCUAACUCCUUUGUCGAUUCAUAAAACUUUGGUAUUCCUGACUCUCUCUAGUCCACAUCUGUAGAAUUUUGUUUAGUUUGGUUCAUUUUAGGAAGGACAUUAAAAAGUUAGAAAGUAUCCAGAGGAAGGUGAUGAGCAGAGUUGUGCCAUAUGAGGGUCCAUUUAAGGAACUGUGGAUGUUUAGCUUUAAGAAGAGAAAAUUUGUAAGGGAAAUGAUAGCUAUUUCCAAGUGUUUGAAGGGUUGUCACGAGAAAGAAACACUAAAUUGGUUCUGCCUGACCUCAGAGGUCAAAAGUAGGAGUAAGGAGUAGAAAUUGCAGAGGACAAGAUUAAGGUUUGAUGUAUAGAAAGGAAAAAAAAACCUCCCGAUAACAAGAGCUUUCACAAAAUGGGACUAGCUUCAUAAGGAGGUAGAGGAUUCCUUCUCAUUUGUGGUCUUCUAGCCAAGUUUUGAUAUUGUAGAUUAUUUUUUUCAGUAAUGAGUUGGACUAGAAAUCUUCUAAAGUCCUUUUCAUCUAUCAAAUACUACCGUUUGGUGCCUUCAAUUCAUUUUAUAUGUAGGGCACUAGCAAGAGAAAACACUAAAAAGGUAGUCUGGAAUUAAUGGGGAACCACUCAAGAUUUUUGAAUAGGGGAGUGGGGUGAUCAGAGCAAUCCUUUGGGGAGAUUAAUCUAGUACUUUAUACAAGAUGGGUUGGAGGGGAAAGAUGUUGGAGGAGUCUAUUUCAUUGGUCCAGAUGAGAAGUAGGAGUGGAAAGGAAGGGACAGAUCAAGAUUCUGAAAAUGAAAAAUCUUCUAACAGAUCUUGAUGGCUGAUUCAGCUGGGGAAAGGAAGGGUGAAAAAAGAGAAAUGGACAAGUAAAAGAUUGCCAUGAGGUUUUAAGCCUUAGUGAUUGGAAGGAUGGUAUAGAGUAAUAACAGGGAUAAAAAACAGGGGAAAGAUAUUUGGAUUCAUGAAAGGUGAUAAAGUUGGUUUUAGACAUUUUUGAGUUUGAGAUGUUUGUGGACUGUCCACGUGAAGUUCAGCAAGAUAACAGAAAAUUCAACAUUUGGGACUAGGCAGAGAAGUUUGGAUUAUAAAUCCAAUCUAGAUAGGUCAUCUGCUUAGAGGCAAUAGUUGAAAUUAUGGAAAUGAACUAAUGAGAACACAUGGGGUGAAGAUAUGGUGAGAGAAGGGAAUAAGGAUGAAAAUAUCUUGGAUAAUUCCCUCAUUUGGAGAACUCUGAGAGAAGGAGAAACAAAAAUGAGAGAGCUAGAAUCAUAGGAGAACUAGAAGGGAGUGAAGAGCAUCACAAAAGUUGAGUUAAGAGUUUCAAGAAGAAAGUCAGUCAUCAGUAUCAAGUGUUGCGUAGAGGUCAAAGGAUAUGCGGACUAGCAAAAAGUCAUUGAUGUGGUUAUUAGAAGGCCACUGAUGAUCUGGAUGAUAAUCCAUCCUAAGCAUCUAGGUCUAGCUGAUUACUUCUAGGCCUAUAGGUCACCAACAGUGUAAUCAGCAUUUGACUUUUGAGCUACCAUGGUCCCAACUUCUCCCCUAGUGCCACAGGGAAGAAGCCAAGGAGAGGGGUCUAUAGGAGUUCUCGCCGACCAUCAGGCACUUCCUAGUUUCAUGAUUUAUUUAUUGUAACAGAUACUUUCUUGGAUUGUGUAUAUAUAGUAUGUAUACACACACACACACACACACACACACACACACACAUAAUACAAGUAUAUAAUACAAGUAACUGGGUGAUUGAAAUUGUUUCAUGUAGCAAAGUUGGAUGUUCUUUUACCUAAAAUGGAGAAAAUAAGUGAAAUCUGUAUAAUGAGAUCCUUUCCACUCAAAAACAAAUAUUCCUUAAAUUACCUUUGUUUAUGAAAUACUGUGCUAGGUGUUGUGAGGGAUGCAGAAAAAAAAUCAUAUAAAAUAAAAUCUCUGCCCUUGAUGAACAUAUGUACUGAUAUAUUUCCUUGUACCUUCCUCUACCUGCUCUGCUCGCUUCUGCCAAUCCCUGCCAAGCCAACACAUACACUUUGGAAUAUUCAACUUUCUGCAAACCAGAGAGAGGAUGUAAAAUUACUCUGCAGAUCAAAUAUUUCUACAUUUGUUUCCAGAAUUUU